CGCUCUAUCUGUACGGAAUCUUCAUCUUUCGCGUCAGCCGUGUCGAUCGAAUCGUGUCAAAUUAAUCAUCCGGUGCUAUUUUUUGUCUUUCAAGUGUUGUAUCGUUUGAAUCAUCUGACUAAUUGUAAAACAGCUAACAGUAAAUUAGCUAUGAGUGACAUCGAGGCAAAAUUCUUUGUACGCUCGUUCAUACGUUUUCUGAACAGCCAACGGGAGCAGCCGAAUUUUAGUUCCGAUUCCCGGGAAAGUCUGGAGGUGGCAAUUCAGUGCUUGGAAAAUGUUUACGAAAUUGCUCCGGAAGAACAGCAGGCGGCCGGUGAUGCAGAAGACCGGGAGAAUCCGCUGAACCAUAUAGACCUAUUCGAGGUAUACCGGAGCGCCUUUACCAACGUGACACCAGAGAGGAAGCAAGAAGCGGAGAAUAUGAAGAAUGAAGGCAACCGGCUUAUGAAAGAGGAAAAGUUCCAGGAAGCACUAAAUAUGUAUAGUAAGGCCAUCAGUUUGGAUGCUACCAAUCCGGUGUUUUAUUGUAAUCGUGCUGCGGCUUAUAAUCGGAUGGGAGACUACCAGCGAGCUGCAAAUGAUUGCCGAAUGUCACUACGGUACGAUCCGAACUAUAGCAAAGCAUUCGGUCGAUUGGGGUUGGCCUAUUCCAAGAUGAACAAGCAUGAGCAAGCACUAGAAGCUUAUCAAAAUGCGCUCCGAAUCGAUCCGAACAAUGAGGACUACAAGAACAAUAUGAACGUUACACAACAGCGGUUACAGGAAAUACGAGCAGCACCCGCUGCUGCCGGAGCUCGUCCGGAACUGGGUGGUGCCGCUGAUCUAGCUGGAAUCGAUUUAGCUGCGGCUCUCAAUAAUCCGACGCUUGUCAACAUGGCUACUAGGAUGAUGUACGAUCCGGCAAUUCAGUCUAUGUUGGGUCAGCUGAGUGGCAUGAAUAAUCUUGAUGCCCUGCUGGAAACCGGCCGACAGUUGGCUGUACAAAUGAGCAACCAAAAUCCAGAUGUGCUUGCGAACGUGAUCCGUCAGAUAGGGCAGGGUGGUGGUGGAAUGCCACCGGGUGCUGCCCCGAAUCCGGAGGAGAAUGGCACGAAUGAUCGCGGCAACGACAACGGCAACGGAGAUAAUCAACCGCAGCCUCCACCGUCGGGAAAUUAGUAAUUAUUUAUCAACGUGAAAAAUUAUUCAGACCUGUUCUAUUUUGAGUAACGUUUGAGUAACGAAUUCGAUGGUAGCAGAUACAAUUGACUGCAUUUGGCAAACCGAUUUAGGCGUUGCAGAUAAUUAUAGAGCCUAUAGACUAAAAUAUCCCAUGUGAAAAGGGCCUAACAGAAUGCUGCGUCAACGCAUCCGUCAGCGUCAAUUUGACAGUAAACCCAUGGGAAAACUGUCUGAAUAAUGCUGAUGGACGCGUUGACGCAGCAUUCUGUUUGGCCCAUUAAGUCCAAACUGUUAACAAACUGAGUGAGAGCUUUUUUUGCUAGACUAACAUAGAAAAGUGACGAUCAACACUUCAAUAGGGCCCAAACAAACGGAGUGAGGGUUUCUUUUUGUUUGGAGGCCCAGCAAAAAAGAACCCUCACUCGAUUUGUUUACAUGUUGGACUUCGGUCCUACUGAAAUAUUGGUCGUCACGUAUCAACUCUCACUUAGAUUGUUUUCAUUUCGGAUGUAGGCCCUUUUCACAUGUUGCUCUUCAUAUAACUUAUUCCUAGUACCUUCAACGUUUAUAUUUAAAUAUUGAAAAACUUGAAAACUGCUACUGAAGACCAUGCACAGUGAAGACAGACACCACCACGUUGGACGGAUAUUUUACGACUAUAAGACUAUAAUACACCAUUAAUUACGUUGAAACAUAAUAAGAGCAACCAAUAAAUCAAACUAAUCU